UUCAGACACAAAAACUAUACUUUUUUGGAUAUAGAAUAUGGAUUCUUUAUACAAAAUGUUUCCUGAGCAGAGAGAAGAAUUUCCAUGGGAUGAAAAAGCACUUGAACACUUUAAGAAACUUAUCAAUGAAAAUAAAUUAAAAUGUAGAAUGGACGACAUAUUUCUUCUUGGAUUUCUUCGUGCUAGAAAGUUUAACUUAGAAAGAUCGCUUCGACUUCUGAAGAAUUAUUAUUCUACAAGAAUAAAAUAUCCAUCCUUUUUUAAAAAUCUUUUCCCAUCGAACUUGGAAAAUAUUUUACCUUUAAAUAUAAUAAGAAUAUUGCCGAAGCCUGAUCAACACGGGAGAAUUGUUAGUAUAAUAGAAAACGCUUGUUUGAUGGGAAACGUUCAAGUUAAGGUCAAUUAG